UUUUUUUAAGUCCCUUAGCUACCCGUCCUCUCUUUCUCUCUCUCUCUCUCUCUCUCUCUCUCUCUUUGCAUGCAGUCGUUAAAAAGCGGGAGACUCGGAGAUUUGGUUUGAGCCUCUCAGACGAGAUACUCUCUCUCUUUUUCUUCUUCCUUCUCGAAGGACGACGAGAUCGCCCGACGAAGGAAGCAGAUGGAACAUGGAGAAACCAUGCGUUCACAUUCCCAAUUUAUAACAAGCGAUGGUCAUUCAACCAUGCCGAAUGCAACGGAUGAGCCUCCCAUUGAAAAUUCUGGUCCUGACCAUAUAAUCAUACCUGAGAAAGCAAGCUGGAAGAACCUCUUUGCUUACACCGGUCCUGGAUUUCUUGUUUCCAUUGCUUAUAUUGAUCCUGGAAAUUUUGAAACUGAUUUGCAGUCAGGAGCACAAUACAAGUAUGAGUUGCUUUGGAUCAUUCUCUUGGCAUCCUGUGCAGCUUUUGUUAUCCAAUCUUUGGCAGCAAAGCUUGGUGUUGUAACAGGAAAGCAUCUAGCCGAGCAUUGUAGAGCGGAGUAUCCAAAGAAACCAAAUUUUGUACUAUGGGUGAUUGCUGAAAUUGCAAUUGUAGCAUGUGAUAUUCCAGAAGUCAUUGGAACUGCUUUUGCCUUGAACAUGCUUUUCAAUGUUCCGAUCUGGUGUGGAGUCCUCUUUACUGGAUUAAGUACUUUGGUCCUUCUUGCACUACAACAAUAUGGGGUAAGGAAACUUGAGUUUCUUAUUGCUAUCCUAGUAUUGACAAUCGCAGCUUGCUUCUUCAUGGAACUUGGAUAUUCAAAGCCUAAUGCUCAUGAAGUUCUCGAAGGGCUAUUUGUUCCCCAACUCAAAGGGAAUGGUGCAACUGGUUUGGCAGUCUCUCUUCUUGGUGCCAUGGUUAUGCCGCACAAUUUGUUUCUCCAUUCAGCUUUGGUGCUUUCAAGGAAAAUUCCUCGUUCCAUCCAUGGAAUCAAGGAGGCGUGCACAUUCUACAACAUAGAAAGUGGGUUUGCCUUGACUGUGGCUUUCCUUAUAAAUAUAUCAGUUAUUUCUGUAAGUGGUGCUGUUUGCAAUUCACCAUAUUUAAGCGCCGAGGAUCAGAGGAAUUGCGAAGACCUAGACCUAAACAAAGCUUCAUUCUUGUUAAAGAAUGUUCUGGGAAAUUGGAGUUCAAAACUCUUUGCAGUUGCCUUGUUGGCAUCUGGUCAGAGUUCAACAAUCACAGGAACAUAUGCUGGACAGUAUGUCAUGCAGGGUUUUCUGGAUCUACGCCUAAGACCAUGGAUACGGAACUUCUUAACCAGAUCCUUGGCAAUCAUCCCAAGUCUUAUUGUUGCCAUAAUUGGUGGCUCAACAGGGGCUGGAAAAUUGAUCAUCAUUGCAUCGAUGAUUCUAUCCUUUGAGCUGCCAUUUGCUCUCGUUCCACUUCUUAAGUUUACAAGCAGCAAGACAAAGAUGGGGCCGUAUGUGAACUCCAAAUGGAUUAUGGGGAUAACAUGGGUGAUAAGUUCGGCAAUCAUGGUCAUUAAUUUCUAUUAUCUAAUCACUGGCUUCACCAAGUUGCUUCUUCAUGACGGUCUUCGGACUGUGGCAUCAGUGUUUCUUGGAGUUAUGGGCUUUUCAGGCAUGUUGGUCUAUUUGGCUGGGGUUCUCUACUUGGUUUUCCGAAAAGAUAAAAAGGUAACCUACUUAUUGCCAGUUGAAGAUGGGAUAUCUGACGCCCAGUCUGAGAUGAACAGGUCAAUAUAUCUACUCCCUAGGGAAGACAUAGUAAGUAUGCAGCUGCCUCCAAGAAGAAGCACCAGUGAUCUUGAUUAGGAAUGGGAAUCAAGGUCUUAUCAAGUUGAAGGAGCUAUAUUAUAAAAUUGCUGAAAAUAUAAUGUGCACAUGAAACAGCAUAACAUCUUAGGAACAUCAUCAUCCAAUGAAAGAAAGCACGCGAUGAAGCUAGCAGGAUCUAUAGUACAACAGAGAUCUGCCAUGAUUACCUUGGUACUCUCAAGUUCAGGGUCAUAGUGGUUGAAUAAUAAAGUGGAGUAGCCAUGUUGUAUUUUGAUCUUUUAUCUAACAUAAACCCUUCGAUUUAGCAUAAAGUUAUAAACCUCUUUGAGAUACUUGUGGGCACAGUUAGUACUCAUAAUAGGUGAACUUUGGUGUCUGUCACUUUUAUUCUGCUAUAACUUGCAUUGCUGAAUGGACCUUACCACUCUCUCUAGAGAUACAAUGAGAUUGUAUGUCUAAGGUUCAGCUCGGAGAUACCUUGAAGAAAAUUAAUUAGGUUUGCUUUGAUGUCAUUUAUUACAUGAAAUGACUCCCUCAAUUUUCAAACGCUGA